CCGCCAUUGAACUCCGACGGAGCUGGCCAUGGGCCAAUGGAUAGAGGAGAAGGGGGAGCCUGGCGGAUUUUGUUUGUUGUCUCCAAAAUGUCGUCCAAUGCCCGUGGACCUGCGUCCAUGAUGCUACGAUGACCCCUGUCUCUCGCGCUUGAGAGUGGCCCGAAGUGUGGUUUCCAUCCGAUCCUCGAGCCGCUGGAACAAAUGGAGAGCUGCAACAGGAAGGGCAACUAACACCUCAACAACAAAAGGUCUUCUCAAUACAAAUAUCCUGGACUUACGAUAGCUUUCUUCCCUGACGACAAACCGCUUCAUAACUGUUUGAACCAAAUGGACGCUAUCAAGGCUUUCCUGCCUUCGGGCGAGAAGGGUCUCCUUCCCUACUACCUCUUCUUUGUCUCCAUCGUAGCUAUGGGAAACGCCCUCCAAAACUACACUACUCUCCACUACACGCGACGCCUUUACAACGGCCGUUUCGUCCCCAACCCUUCCCUGCCGCCCGCAAAGGGCAAAUUCAGCCCGGAGGACAGCGUGGACGUGCUGAAGCCCGUCUCGCCCUCAGAGGCGGAGAAGAAGGAGGCGGCUGCCAAGGACCAAGUCACGCCGCUGGCGGCCCGCGUCUUCGGUACCUACACCUUUAUGGCCGGCAUCAUCCGCUUCUAUGCGAGCUACAACCUCGAGAACGAGUCGUUGUACAAGCUCGGUAUCUGGACCCAUGUCAUCGCCGCCGUGCACUUUACGAGCGAGUUCUUCAUCUACAAGACGCUGCGUUUCAGCGGACCUCAGAUCUUCCCCUUCUUGGCGGCGUAUGGCGGCACGUUGUGGAUGGUGUUGCAGUAUGGUUACUACGUCCAGUAAAAGACAGGUGCAGCUACCAGCUGGUCUUUGGGAAUCAAAGCAGGAAGCAGUACAUGGCCCCCAAAAAGGAAUGGCGAGUGGACUCGGAUCAUGACCAUAAGAAGCGCGAUCGCGUAUUAGGUGAAAUAAGACUCCGACGAUAGGCUUUGUGGAAGAUGUACCACUUAUUGAUACCCUUUUCGGUCAAGAAGCGAAGCAAGCGCAUCAUACAUUUCCACUACUGCAACGACUUGCGAUAGAGCUCACCACCGCAGUCUCUGAGUCGCGCAGCCGCUUGCUCCGGAGUGAUAUCCCUCUGCGGCUCAGCCAUUAACUCGUAUCCGACCAAGAACUUGCGCACGGUAGCAGACCGAAGAAGUGGAGGGUAGAAAUGCAUAUGGAACCAGCUCGUCUCAGCCUCUUCCUCUGUGCAAUCCAACGGCGCCUGAUGAAUACCCGAGCCUUCUCAUACCGUUAGCUCCUUUCUCCCUUUCUCUCUCCUUCGGGCAGUUGCAGAGGGUAGUAGAACUUACUAUACGGAAAGUUUGUCUCGAACAAGUUAUCAUAUCUUCUCGUA